AUGACCCGUGAAACCGUGCCGCUGAUCCUCACUUUAUUAAUGUUGACCAACCCACCAGUAAUUGACAUCACCAACUCUGUUGAGGUUAAGCCACAAACCGCUUUUGGUGACACUACUGACGUAGCAUCCACGAAGGCUCCUACAAAUGAGAUCUUAAUCCAUUCCUCAGGAAUAUCCAAAGCUGCUCCUCUGUUAGCGACAACUGAGGGACCAAUUGAGGAAAGCAAUGAAGAAAAUGGUUCACCAACUCGUACACACAAUGGGAUUACUUUAAACGAGAUUCCAACUACAGACGAAUCCACCACCUCCACAGUCGUUGAAGUGCACAUUAACGAGACCACACCUGGAACCUCACAGAUGAGAACUGUGCCUCCUCAGCACCCCUGCGUGAUUGAUGUGGACGAAAGUGAGCCGGAGUUUCAGCGAUAUGUCUGCACUGGGAAUUGGAUCAUCUCACUUAUUGCCACAACAUUUCUACUCACUAUGAUCUUCUUCGCUGUCAUCAAAAAUAUUACAACUUGGGGAUUUAUGAAUUUGGUAGAUGUUCGAAAAGCUGGUGUAAGUUUUCCUCAACGUCCCGAAAUUAUAGUUCUUCUCUGUUCUACUGUACCUACGAUCUUCACAACAAUAGCCAGACCUCUAUUUUUUCCGUAUCCUCUCCGAUAUGCUCAAUUCAUCAGUGAAGUGGGCUGUAUGCAGGCUCGUCAGUUCUUCGACCUAUUUGCUCGGACCGCAGCCGUUUACCACAUGAUUUACUGGGCCUACCGCAUGCCCAUCAUUCGCUGGCUUUGGCGUAACUAUCUCCGGUUUAAUGCCUUUCGGGCAGUUUGGACUAAAGAACAUAUCAUCGAAGUGCUAAGAGAUAAAUUUGCUCCAGAGAAGGACGAUAAGUUUAGACGAAUGUUCCAAAAUUCGCCUGAAUGCAUGUAUUACUAUGCUCAAUUUCUGCAGUCAGGCCUGCCAAUGCAGUACUUGCAGACCCUCAUGAAGACGGGCAACCGGAGUCCUUCAAUGUCUACUGCUGUUGAUGGCCUUGGUGGAACUGGUCAAAUAGGUAUGGGAGGGCAUUCACGACCUGGACUAGGGGGAACAGACAGUUCUGACGUACUUCCUCGGGUGAACCUCGGUCACCUCAUGAAUGUGAAUUCCGAAGAGGGUGCAUCACCUAAAGGGAUGCACCAUGGUAACUAUCUGGGACCUAGUGGAGGCUCUCCCUCAAAACUUUCUAACGCGACUCUUCACAUGCCUCCAGGCGGCUCACAUCAAGCCUCACGUAGCACAAGUUUCAGAGGAUCCACCCAAAAUCGACCAAUUUUACCUCUCUUGAAUGUUGAAGGGGGAUUCGGUCAGCACCUCUCACCAGAAGACGCGGCUACUUCAACAUUUUUUGAGAGGCAGGGUUCUACCUCGCCUGACGUUCAUUCACUAACUCUACCUUCCUUCUAUUCAAGUCAGGAAUUGCUAUUUCCUGGACAUGGACAACUGCUGGGCUUUGAAUUCCUUGCUCCCAGUGAAAAAAAGGAGAAAGAGGAGGAAACUGUCGUUAAACCACCAACUCGAGAAUUCGUUUACAUAUGCAAACACGCACUGCCUGGAAUCAUAUACAUUCUUUCAUUUUUCGCUACAUUGCCCUCCAUAUUUGGCUUUGACAUGUAUCAGUACGAAAGCAAAAUUACCACAGCAUACUUUUAUUAUGAUUUCAUAUUUAUUGUCCUGCUCCCUAUGAUUGCAAUCACCGCCGCUUUCUACCAUGGAGUACUUGCAAAGGUGCAACUCAACGGUGGCUCAAAGAUGCGCUUUCGUCUGCGGUGCUACUACGUGAACUUUGUCAUAUUAAACAUGCCGAUGCUCUUCCUUAUGGCCACUGCAAUGGCCUAUAGAAUAACCCUUAGCAGGGAGGUAGAAACUGAAAUGUAUGGUACAGGAAUUAUCAUUGCUCUAACUGCCUAUCAUGCUCAAUUUGUACUAAAGACAACGGUUUACACCACGGGCUGCAAUUGUAUAUGCUGCCCUGAAAAGUGCCUGAAUCGCUACCCCCGAUUGCGAAACUGCUUAAUUACCAUGGUGACACCAAGGAAUAAAUCAACUGCAAUCCAGCCAAAGAGGGAGGUUGGAGAGGAUGAAGAGAAGGACAAUGAAGUUGACGGAGAAGGAAGUAAGGAGACAGCACUGCGGGAUCCUUUCGGUCAAGGUACAGAGAUUCAAAUUAUGCCCCCAGAAACUGAAACUGUUUGA